AUGUUCGAUCACAUCCAUCCGGCGAUUCUGCCUCUCGGCUUCUUCUUUUUCUUUUGUUCGCUCAUCGGAUGCACUGGCAACUUCAUAAUGGUGCUAUGUUUCUUCAUAAAAAAGUUGUCGGAAAGGGCGGCCAAAGCUGACCGAGGUUAGUUACAGACGGCUCCGCUCCCCGUGCCACAUCCUCAUAACACUCACCUGUCUACUCGACCUGCUCCACCAGGCUGGCCAGUUUCCCUUCGUCGUCCAACUGUUCGGCAACUGUGAGUGAACCUCGGCCAGCACUUGUGCUUCUUUUUCAGUGACCUGCUCCCAGGCACAGUGCUACUACAUGCUCAUUCUUCCGAUUGUCGGUUUCUCCAGCGGCGGACCCAUGAUUCUCAGUUUAGGCCUCGACCGCUUCAUUGCCGUUCGCUUCCCCUCAAAGUUGGUUUCCUUUCUUUUUUUGGCAUCAAUUUGUCAAAUUCCCUUAAAUCUGAGUUGAGCCACGAUUGAAAAUUUUGCCUUUAAGUUUUUACUCAUGCCAAGAUAUAUUUAACAGUGAGAGCCAUAUGAUAUUCAACUAUUUUUUUACAUGGGUUUGUAAAAAAAAAUGUGUUUUGAACUAUUUCAAUAAGAUCGAUAAAAAAAUUUUUUACAUAUUCAUUUCAGAUAUCGUUAUUUUCAAGAGGAUCCACUAUUUUACGUCCUCGCACAACUCAUUUUUCCCGCCACUUUCGCAAUUUUAAUGCUAUGGUUGGGUUAUAUCAACAAAAACGAUGAUUUGAAGAAGUUGGAAGUUGGUUAGAAAAUAAAGAAAACAAAAGCUUUUUUUCAGUCAAAUAAUUUGUGCGAAUCCGUUAAGCCUUAACGGCCCGGCUUUCAAAUACUUUACUUAUUCUUCUUCACUUAUCUACCUUUCCGUCGUUCUUGUGUAUGCUGCCACCUACGUACUUCUCAAGACUGGAGCCACGAGUCGGUCUUUCUUAACCAUUUCUUUACAACUUUCGAAAUUUUAUUGAUGAGAAUUUUAUGAGGUUUUUUUUUUGAUUUCACCCAAUUGGGAGAAGCUAAAAAAUAAUUAAUGGUUCAUCCAAAAUUUUGAGAUAUGUUCUUAUAUUUUCGAAUGUUUUGAGUGCGUUUAAAAGACCUCAAAAAUUUACAGGCAAACGAUUCAAGGCGGUGUUCAAGUCAAUCGGAAUAACUGUGGCGUUUGUGCUUUUUGGAUGGGUGACGACGACGACAGCCAACACGUGCUCCUACGUCAUCACGAAGGACGUUUUCUCGGCGCAACUUAUUCAGAUGUACGCCGGAAUCACGGUCAACACCGCCUGCACUUCCAACGUCUUCGUUUUCUACGCCAUUAAGUCAGAAUUAAUCUUGUAAACUUAAUGAAACUUGCAAAUCCGGAUAAACGUUCAAAGAACGUUGUUCUUUUUGCAGCAGCGAGUACCGGGAAGUCAUAAAGUCGAUUUUCGGUGUCAAGUCUCAAAAAUCAGCGUUUGACGUCUCAAGCACGCAUCGAGGCUCGUUGGCCCCCAGCCUUCGUCGGAAUUCUGUCUUCGCUGCCGAAAACAUAUCUUGAUCCGAGAGAACUUUUUUAUGAAAAAUCCAUUUAAUUUUCUCAACUCAGUUUUUCCUUGUAAGCUCAUGGGCUCAUUUUACCACCCUUGACCGGCUGCUCUCCUUUUUACGUGAGAAAUUCAGCAGUCCAAAGUUAACCUAUACGCCGAACUGAAUCAGAAAGAAAAAACCCACAGCAUAAAAAAUAUCGUUUGUUUCAGUGAUAAAUAUCCCAACGAGUAAAAUUUAAGUUACCACAAAAAAACUUCUGCAAACUUUUUCGCUAAAUUAUAAAAAAAGUAUGAAACUUGGCUUUUUAAAUUGAAAAAUUACUCGGACCUUGUUUUUUUCCGUAUUUUUUUUUGAAAAAUAAAUAAUCGAUGUGUCUGUUUGACCUGUUCCACUUGAAAUGAAGAUCGAUUGAGAAGUGAUCUAUAAAGAGGCAAAGCCAUCCAAAAUCGUAGUUCUUCGCGGCGAACUCGCGUCAUUUCGAGUAAUCGAUUUCGCCUCGUUUGUUUACUUGGUCUUAUCGUUCAUUUUUUCUCCAGAUUGUUUCACGUUCUUUGAAUUCAUUCAUUAGAUUACUUUCUGCCUCUUCAUAACUCAGUAAUAUAUUUUUAAAUUUCGAAAAUAAAACUAACUUCCAACUCAAGUUGGGUGAAUAUAAUAAGAAAAAAAUGGAAUUAAAAAACAGCUUUCUACAAAAAUCGCUCUGAGCUCUAUCUCAGGGCUCUUGUCUAGCCAAUCGAAAAAUUCGUUUUUUGGAGCGUAUAUUGCGAAAAUCGAUCAAAGCUUGCGUUAUUUUCGCUUUUCACUCAACCUGUUUGGUUUGAACUCCAGUUGAAUGGCGGUUGCAGCCGCGAAUGACGUCGAUUUUUCCCGAAGGCGUCGGAUGGAACGCUCGAGGCGACCGUGAACCUCCAUGCCCAAGAGUUCGGCCGUUCUUCCCGCGGCUCAAGCACGCCUUCGCGCUCAUUCCUUUGGCUUUCAGGUUUCGGUUUUCUUUUUUGAAGUUCAGCCAAUUGUUCCUCCCUAGCACUCUUGAGCUUGGCACAGUGUUCCCAAACGGGCGGCAGCUGUGGUCAGUAGGCGUGGCUGACUGCAACAGCGGCACGGUUUAUUGCAAUAGGGGCGCGGGGAUGAGAGUCAAGUUUUGUGGAUUUAGUGGUUGGAAAAAGACCAUUAAAGGAUGUUUUUCCUAGGUUCUCGCGUUUUCAAAGAUUUUUAAUGUGUAUUAAAUUAUAACGAACAAAUUUAAAUGAAAAAAGAGACGAAAAAAAGUUUUUUUGCAAAAACAAAAAUAUUUCCCAAAAUGUCGUUUUUUAGGAAAACUCGUCAAAUCGAACUUCCAAACAGAAAAAUUGAGAAAAAAGCUCAAAGCACUUCUCUUAAGAAAUACCAUUUGGAAGUUUAAAAAAACAGAUACAUAAUAGCUUGUGCGAAUGAAGUUGUCACCCAGAAUGAUAUUUUCAAGAAUAAAUUCGUCGAAUACUGCCUCGAAAAAAUUUUUGAGAAAAAAAUCUCAAAGCGUUUUCUCUUAAGAAAGUCCAUUUGAAAAUUCUAAAACAAAAAAACAAACGAAAUAUCUUAUGCGAAAUAAGUUGUCAUCAAAAAAAUGUCAUUUUAAUGCGAAUUUCUGUGACGAGAACAAUCGAAAAAUCACUUCAAAUCUCUGGAAAAACGCGAUAAACACGUUUUAAGAACACAUACAAUGUGAAAAAAUACGAAAGAAUUUUAAAAUACGCAAGAAAAAGAGAAAAAACCGUAUUAAAAGUGAAUGAAAUUUUGUGGGGGUGACACGCGCCGCACCGCGUUGCGUUAGAAAAAACUCGCAUUUUCGCCCCAUUGCGACGACCUUUUUUUUUCGCUUGCCGGCGUCUCUUUUGGAACACUGCGCUUGGCGAACUGGAGCCUGCUUUAGAAAUAGAAACAGACGAGAAGAACUUUUGAAAACCUUUGCGAAUUUUGAGAUUGUGCGUCUACACGAUCUCUGAGUGGUGGAACGGUCGGGCGCCUUUCAUCGACAUUUUCCACGCGAUGUGGCAUUUUUCCUAUGCUGGUUCGAAAAUUCGAUGAGUCUCAAUUGUGGAUCUUUAAAUUUUUGGCGUUCCUAUGGGAGGAAUCGGCUGUGGAUCUAUUGGAACCGAUUAUCGUGGAGCUUUUGGCCGCUUCUCACUCCUUCCAGGAAUCAAGGAGCAGAUGACACCUAAUGUCAAAGCUGACAAUGUUGGGCAUUUAUUCUCACUUUUUUGUUUGUUCCAACUGCUUAACUGCUUUUACUUGAAAUGCUUUCCAUCCACUAGGUUUUAAGUUCAUCGUCACACUCCAUUCUUUGGAAGGCGCCCUUAUCUACCAGUCUCUACUCUCCUGCGCCAAGUUCCGUCGUGGCGAGCUCUCUUCUUGGCAGACAAUGAACCCAAAAAACAUACGGUGCCUUGAUUUAGUCUAUUCACGUUAAUUUAAAUAACGGAUCAAAUAUCCUGGAAGUUGUUGGUAAUUCUGAGAAUUUUUUGUGCAGCUUCACUUUAUCUCUUUUUCCGGUUUUUUUUUUCGUUCUGUCACAAAAAGGCCUGUUUAGCCAAUGUUUCACUCUUUCUGUGACUAAAUAUACCUUUGCCGACAAAACCGGGAAGUUUUAAGGCAAUUCUGCGACGGAAAUUUGUGUUAAACAGGUUUACUAAUUUAUUUUGGUUUGAGAUACCGGGGCCUCUAUCCGCGUGCUUGGCGAGAGUUCCGGCUGGAUGAAACAGGCGUCACGAUUGUUUGCGAGCAACUAUCUCCAGUUAUAGUUAAUAACUACGAGGUAUCAAAGUUUUAUAAUAUUGAAAUAUUCGUGAAAUGAGCAAAAGUUGGUCUCAAAUGGUCAGUCGCCCACUAACCAUAUAUAUUAUUCCAUCAAAGUUUUUCAAGUUUCACACCAAACACACAAACUUUUUUUCUUCACACUAAAUUUUUUUUCUUCACAGGUGGGGUUAGUUAAUCCAUCUAGUGGUCUUUUUCCCUCUCUGCAACAUUACCAUACGAUGUUGCGAAAAUAAAUUGAUUGAAUUGAAUUGAAAGUUGAGCCUUGAAUUGAGAAUUUGAGGACUCCUCACUGCCAGUUACCAACUUCAAGUUUCACGUCAUCAAUGAAACGCACAAGCCACUCAAAGUAUCGAUAACUUUUACAUUUCGAAACGGCACCGGUCAGAGGAAAUGGCAGUCUGAAGGCUGGUGCAGGUCCAAUUUCAAAGAAUUUUCUCUAAACGAAAAUACUUUUUUUCCCCAGAAGUCAACGUAUUCAAAACCACGUUGGAAGCGGUUUGACCUUGGCUCACACGAUAAAUGAAACGCCCAUCACGUACGCCAUCAUGGCUGAAAAUGUAAAGAACCAAACUUCCAAGAACUUUUUUAAAAUUUCGUUUAUCAUGCAUAACAACUUUUUCAGUUCCAAAAUCAAAAAAUUUCAACUGACAGAUUCGAUCCAAGCUCUGAUGGAUCAAGCUUUUACAAAACCUUGGGAAAAAGCGGAAAUUUGCUCGGUGUUGUCAACUUAACAGGUUUCUUCCAUUUAGGAGAUUUUUUUUAGACUCACGGUCAUCGACACAGUACCAAGCGAGAGAGCUCGGCGUGGCUGUUUGUGUAGAAAAAAUUGUGAGCCCGCGGGACAUGGAGAAUAUUAUGUUCACUUUGGUCUGGCACAUGCCGGAGGUGAUGUUUGGCGCGAAACAGAGAAAGUAUCGUCGGUGAGUAGAAUAGAAGGACAUCAGAAUGGAAGGAUUCCUAGGAAGAGUAAUAGUAAUUUAUUGAAGGAAAAAAGUACAAUUGCUAUCCCCGGCAGCUCUCCUUUAUUUGAAAAUGGGCAGAAACGGAGGUCACAAGAUCGCUUAGUUUGUUAAAACUAUCUUGAUAUCUUGUUAGAUAGUUUAAAAUCCAAAGCAAAUCUUUUGUCGCUUGAAAUUUAAAUGCGAAAUUCGGAACUUCUUGCGACUGUGAUGCUUCGCUUAAUCUUUGCUCUGACGAAAUAAUGAAGUGGACAUUUACCUUGCGAAUUCUCUGCGAAAAAGCUUCAUGAAUUCUGAAAAUCAGUGUUUCUCAUUCUGCUCGCAAACUGCAUUCUUUUUUUGCAUCUACAAAAAUCAUCUCAAAAAAUUAUGAAGAUCGCCAGCAACCUCUCCCUAUAUCGCAAAAUGCGUGCAAUUUUUUUCCACGAAGCUGUCGAAAUCAAUGCAACCUGCACGAUUUCGGCAGAAUAGUUCUCUGUAUUAUUUUAUUUUUCCUGUUCACACGGAACUCCGGCGACGGCCGUGUUAAAUGCUCUGAUUGUGCGGGAUUCAAAUGUUUUUCCCCAUUAAAUUUUUUCCAGACGUUACACGCGUUUUUUCCCCGGCAUUUGCGAACAUCGCGUCGCCGAGGACAUCGCCACUUAUUCUCUGUCGAAAAAUGGAGACUGGCAACGAGAAAUUGAAGCAUGGCAGUCGCCGAUCCUGGACGAUGAAAAACUGCCGGCCUGGUGAGUGUUUUGAAUGUGAGACAAAUCGUAUUUUUUUUGCUCAUAAUGAUCCUGUAAUGAGCAACCCAUCUUGUAGGUACCGCUCAGCUCUUUUCAAUGAGCUGUACUACGUGACUGACGGAGGGACGGUUUGGUUCGAAUACGACGAGAGCUGGUCGGAGAUGGAGCCUUCGAUGAGCGAGUUGACGAAGAAGCACAUGAAGGAGUACGGCCGCUUCGGAUACCUUGAGUGUCCGUUUCACAGUCAACUCAUCGGAAGAACUCUGAUUUCUCAGCCUGGGAGUACUUCAUGAUGAACACCUACGACGUGCACUUCUAUGCGUGCUGGGCUUUACUCAAAAACUGGCCAAACAUUGAAAUAUCUCUUCAAUUAGACUUCGGCGAGUGCAAUUUUGCUUAAAAAAAGAAGAAAAAAUGUUUUCAGCCGACCAAAUUUGUCGAGUAGACUCGACGAAGAUGAUGUCAAUGGUGGAAGGCGAAUCUUCGCAAACUAAAAAGUUUUCAAGAGUGCCGCACGACUUAGGACACCCCAGUUAGUCUAGUUUGAUUACGAAAACCCGGAAAACAUGACUCAAAACUUUAAAUUCCGAUUGAAAUGAGCGGAAACUUUUAGGCUAACUAAUUAAUAUUCUAAAGAUGCUUAAGUUUUCAUUUAUUUUAUAACAAAGGCUGCAAAUCACUUGAUGAUUAUUUAUGCGUAUUCUUGUCUCCUGGACGUACUCUGACGAAAUCGUGCAGAAUGCAUUGACUUCGACCAAAAGUCAGUCGGGAGUAGGAUAUAAGUAGCUACCUGUUAGCCACUUCAAAGGCAUAUACUAGUCGGAGAAAGAUUUGCGAUUAGAGAUAGCAGCCGCAAACUAAUAAACGACUCCUUAUUAGCAUACGCGAUUGACUUCAAAGUAGCUUCCAGUAGGUGCAUGAAGCUUUUUUGCAGACCAUUUGUGAAGUCAAGGCAACCUGUAUGGUUUCGUAGGAGACAUUUCUGAAAAUGAAUACAGGGUUGCAGUGGCGGAGCCCUGGAUCCACAUCAACUCCUACAUGCUCCACGACUCUUCCGAGUGGCGCGAUCUCAACCUCAAAUACGUCAUUGGCUGCUGGCGCGACUGGAAAUUUGUGGGGAAAGAUGACGCCCAGGUCUGAGAUCGACGUUUUGCGUUUUCAAGAUUCUAUUCCUUAUAAGUGAACAGUUUUUAUUAUAUGGCCAGUAGGAAGUAAGGAGAGUAGGCAGAAGGGAACUCGAAAAAAAAACGUGGCAAAUCUAGUUUAAGAAUAUUUUUGUUCUUUUGCUUAUGGGGUUCGCUUCAAUUUAACCACUUUUCAACUGAAAUUGACUUUUUAUGAAAAGAAAAAUAAAUCUCAUUAGGAGAUGUUUUGAAAUCUACGUGUUAAACAUUUUUAAAAGUUGUACUCUUCUUUUCAUGUUAUAAGAAAAUACUUGAGGCUAUGGAGCAAUUGGAAAUGUUCUACUCGACUAGCAAACUCGUUCUCGAUAGUGCGUUGACGGAGUGGGAUGUUGGUAAGAAAUGGCCAAGAAAGAUUGCGGUUUGAAACAUACCUUGGCUAGAUCCCACCCCAACCUUUUGCGCGCAAAAAAAAAAUGGAAAAUGAACUAAGAUAGGCCGCACUUUUCGGAAGGUAGGCCGCACCCCGGGGUGGGAUCGAGCCGACGUAUGGCCUGAAAUGUCAAGUAUUUCGGACAACGACGGUAUGAUCGAGAACUCGGGUCACGCGGAUCAGACCUACGACAUCUGGAGAAUGACAGGGACGAGCGCCUAUUGCGGGUCUCUGUGGCUCGCCGCCCUCACAAUGUUCGUGGCCAUGGCGCGACGUCUCCGGAAAGAACAAGACGUACAAGCCUACUCUACGCUUUUGAAACGAGCGACAGUUUCUUUUAUCGACAAACUAUGGAACGGAAGGUUUAUUUUCCUAAUUAUUUAUUUAUCCUAGCAAGAUUAACAAUCCGUGUUGUUAGAAGGAAAUAACUCAGAGAUACCAGCAAAACACUAGGAUCUAAAAGUUAGAUCUUUCAGCUGUUUCUCGUUUGACGAGGACCCAAAAAACGCCGACGUCGUUAUGGCAGAUCAACUAGCCGGAUUCUGGGCACUUGCACUGAGUAGGGAACAGUUUCCCAUCGAGAAAGAGAUGGUCAGUUUACUGCUGCGAUAGAUAAACUUCAAAAAUUUACUAUUGCAUUAGCCUAGUUAUGAAAAAAAAACUAUUUUAGCUCAUUUCAAGUUUGAAAACUAUUUACGAGACCAAUGUGAUGAGCUAUCAAAACGGUCAACUCGGGGCUGUCAACGGCAAAAAGUUAGAGCUCAUUAAAUGAAAAAUAACAAAGUAAAUUUGAGAACUUCUGGCAACGUUGACUCAUCAAGUAUUCAAAGUGAAGAAGUGUGGACCGGCAUCGUCUACUCGGUUUCUUCGAUGAUGGUUGAGAUGGUAACGUCAUUCUUUUUUAACUGAAGAAAAUAGCCAUGCACUAUAUAUUUAUAAACUAGAAGAAUUAUUUCAGCACUUGCUGGACGAAGCGUUCGAAACUUCCCACGGACUGCACAACUCGCUGUGGAACCGCUACCCUCUGCAAUACCAGACCCCUGAAGCGAUCACUUCUUUCGGAAUGUACCGCGCGAUCGGCUAUAUGCGUCCUCUAUCAAUUUGGGCCAUUCAACACUCCCUCGAAAACUGUUUAGCAUGA